UAGCUGGUUUUUCUCUGUUUGCAUUAUUUAUGAAGGAAGAAGAACGGGAGAGUGCUGACUUCUGAGAUAGACAGAGUAAGAAUUAGAGCAGCAUGGGAGAGAGAGCAAGCGAGGGGGAAGCACGAGAGUGGGGCGCAACGGCAUGGAGAAUAUUAACGGCUGUGAGAGAACGGUCGCCGCUGAUCCAGUGCAUCACCAACUACGUAUCGAUGGAUCUGAUGGCCAACACGUUGUUGGCCGCCGGUGCAUCACCGGCCAUGCUCCACUGCCUGCAAGAGAUCCCAGACUUCACCCCUCACGCCCAAGCGCUCUGCAUCAACGUCGGUACUCUCUCGCCCGACUGGAUACCGUCCAUGAAGACCGCCGCUGAGUUGGCGACUCGGUUGGGUAAACCAUGGGUUCUCGACCCGGUUGCCGCUUCGGCUUCCGAGUUCCGAUUGAGGGCGUGCCUCGACCUCGUUCAGCUCAAGCCUGUUGUUCUUAGAGGAAAUGCCUCUGAGAUUCUCGCGCUUUCAAAUGCUUCUUUGGGGCCCAGUAAGGGGGUUGAUAGUUCCCACAGAUCGGUGGAUGCAGUGGAAGCAGCAAAAUCCUUGGCUCAAGGAAGUGGUUCUGUAAUCGCUGUUUCUGGAGCUGUUGACAUAAUUACAGAUGGGCAACGGGUGGUGGGUGUGAAAAAUGGUGUGGCCAUGUUGCAAAAGAUCACAGCUGCAGGGUGUGCGGUCACAGCCCUCAUUGCUGCCUUUGUUGCAGUUGACCCUUUGCAUGCUUUAGAAGCCACAGCUUCAGCACUUUCCAUAUUUGGUCUUGCUGCUGAGAUGGGGAUGGACAUGGCUAGAGGUCCUGCUUCACUGCGAAUUCACUUGAUAGAUUCACUACAUGGGCUUGAUCAGGCUGCUGUAUUCUCCAGGGUUAGCAUCACUAGCAUGUCAUAGGGGGACUUACAGUUAACUGGAAGGCAUGUUAUUCCUAAACAUCCAUAGGAAUGUGGCUUUCUUUUGUUUUUUGGUGCCAUGAUGUAUGUGAAUGUUACUAAUAAAGUAAGGUUAAAAAAUUUACUGGCAUCAGGAUCAAUUCAUUAAUUUUUCCAGCAACUUCCUGCCAAAAUGUGCUAAUCGAUAACUAGUAACUACUCUGCACAGGUUUCUCUUAUUGGUAUUUUACCUUAACUCUCGCACUUCUGCUGCUUUCCUAGUUAAAGAAAACUCCAUCAUCUUAGAAGAAUUGCAAGCAAACAUUCAAGAACAUAGACAGCACGCCAGAGUCCUGUGAGCUAGUAAUCGGUUUUGUCAUGAACAUUGGGAUUUAAAUGUACUUGUUUUUGAUCAGUAGAUUUAAAAUAGACAAGUAAACAAAUUCCAGGUUGAGAUGGGUAUUGGAGGUUGUUGAAGUUUCUGGCUGGUUUAGAGUUUUUUGUGUUUCUUCUGGUGAGAAGAAUCUUGAAGGAUGGUUUUGGGGUUUAAGUUUCUUUCUUGUGUUGGGGGAUCUUUAGAUCUGGAAUUUUGAUUUGUGGGGGAUCUUUAUUGUAUUCAUGGAAAGGUUUGGGGAGGGGGUGAUGUUUGUUUUGAAAAUUGUCCGUAGUGUUUGAGUUCUCUCUGUUGUUAGGCAGUUAUUAGUCCGUUUUUCCUCUGGUGCCUACUUAAUACCUUCCUUUUUUUCUUUUAAUAAAAUCCCAUUUUUAUUUUAUCUUCAAAAAAAAGACGUUUUUGAUUGGUGGAUUUAUAAAUGUACAUGUGCUAAUAAAUAAGCAUGAAAAACAAACCAUGACUUAGCUAAAAUGUGAACUCUUAGGUUUCAGAAAUGGGUUGAUUUCUUGUUAGUUCUUUUUGACCUGGAUUAAUAUCCUAAAAGAUGGAUAAGUCUAUACUUAUGGUGGGUUUUGAUCCCUAAGCUCUGUAGUGCAUAGCACCUUAUUAUCUGUUAAAGCAUAUUCAUUCCCUUUAGCAGAUUAACAUGCUCCUAGACCCAGAUUUUCAAGAGUAGGAGCCCGUUUGGAUGGUAUUCUAGAAUCCAGAUUCUAGACAAAAUCUGAUUCUAUUCAACCUGGUUGCUAUUUGGGUAGCAUUCUAAAACUUCACUCCAACAUCAAAGGCAAAAACAGGGUUGCCUAUUUAAAAAAUUAGUAAGACCAUAGGUAUUUAAGUAAAAUAAAAAUGAAUGCUAUUUUCAUGAUCAUUAUCUUUUGAACUGCUACUCAUCAAAUGUUACAACUUUUUGUUUUUAAUGAUAUUAUACUUUACCUGUCUCAAAAAAAAAAAAAAAAUCUCUAAUUGGCAUUAGUUUGCCUUGAUUCUUACAUUACUGUUGGUUACCUAGCAAAAAGAAUUUUGCUAGUUGUGAAUGAGUAGUUACUUAAUUGUUUGUUUCAUGAGCGUUUAGAUUAAAUGGGAUGUAGUUGUAAGCAUGUAAAAUGAAUCAUGUUUUAGCUAAAGCAUAAUGUCAAUGUGAGUUGAUUUCCUGUUGCUUUCGUUUGACCUUUAAUUCGUUAAUGUCCUUAAAAAAGGAUGGCUUAAUUUAGGCCCACUCACAUGGGCUUUGACCCAUAAGCUAUAUGGUGGCCUACUAUCUAUUAAACACUUGGUCCCUUAUGCAAGUUAGCAUGCUUCCAGCCCAUUCAGUGUUUUUCCAGCUAUCUGGGAUCUUGGGAGGAUGGACUGGAUAUGGACCUAACCGUUGGAAUUUGGUUGAAUGAAGUGGCCACAUUCAUCUCAAACCUGACAUUCUCACAUUUGUCAACCCAAGUUAUAAUCAUUGCACCAACAAUGACCACUUGUUAAUAUUCCUUUAAUAGUCUAAAAAAAAAAGAAUUCAGGUUUAGAGUCACUGACCUUUGACAAUAUGAAUGGUAUCUUGCUGAGAUCAAAGCAGACAAAAUCAGAUGCUAUUGACUUGCUGCUGUCUGGAUGGCAUUUUAAGGUGAAAGAGGGGCAAAACCCAAAACCUCUUAUCUAUCCCAUGAAUUACUCUGCUAGGUUUUCAUAGUUUAUACAUGUUCUUUUUUCCUCAUCCUCCUCUCUUACUGCUGAACCCCUUUUUCUCUAACAAAGUAGACAUGAUAUUUAUAUUAAAAAUUACAAUGUGUAUGGUGUGGAUGAGUGAUUCUAUCCCUGCAUUAACUUGCAGGUUACAGUUAAUGCAAGUUUAUUUUGUGAAUCAUAAUUUAAUAUUAAAUUGUUUCAAUUAGUUGUCUUUGUUUAAUUCUGCCCCUAGAUAUGCCGGAGCCAGACAAUUUAUAUAUAACUUCCCUCUUUUCUUAAUGAAAUCUUAUAUCUUUUCAGUUAUCAAUUACAGAAGUACUAAAAAAUAAAUUUGGCCUUCUUGUGACUUUAAACCCUCAAAAAACUCUUGAUAUCUUUUUCCAGCAAUAAUGUUUAAUAUCAUCAAGCUAUCUUA